AUGAAAGCGAUUUUUCUAGUUUGCACACUCCUGGCCUGCGUUAUUGUAUUAUUAAAGCUGAGUCUGAGAGGAGCAAAAUUGGAUAACCAGAACACAACCAGCUCAACGUCCGAUGUAGUCUUGCAGAAGGAAACUUAUGACAUUAAGGAAUGGUUCAAGGAUACAUGGAAGCACAGGCCAAAGGACUUUAGUUUGAAUAUCAUCACCGAACCUGAGGAUGACAGAUCAAAGGCUAGACUCAAAAGGCUGCUCGCUAUUCUCAAAAGAAAACCAGCACAGGAUCACCAAAUAGCACCUACCACUUCUCCGUCUGAAGAUCACAAUGCCAAAAUUCCAACAGAAAGAACCAGUGAAGAGUCAACGACCAUCAUCGAUUGUAACUUAAUUUUGGAGGAGGAUUGCGAGCCACUUGGUUUUGGACCAAGGCUUAGUGCAACUCUGCUGAAGAUUCUUGCACGAUAAUGACUGAUAUAAGCCAGAGAAUAUUAAUUAUUAUUUAUUAGUAUUGUUAAGUUUUAUAAAAUACAAUAAAUAACAAAUACUAAACAUAAAUUAGAUUCGAUUUAAUUUCUUUUACACGCAACAAGUAUCCCAGACUGUAUUAAAUGAUCUGAACUAGUUUUUAUAACGUCUAAUAAGUGUGUGUCAACAGUCUGUGAUGUUUUCACACGCCAUUUCAUUAACGUUUUUAUAAACGAUUUUAUAAUUUGACAACUUGAAAGGGGUUUAAUAUAAAAUCCACUGCAUGAUAGUUCAAGUA